GACAGCGCCCGCCCGCGGCAGAGAUGCAGGGCUCCCCGCCCGAGGGCGCAGACGCCCACGCCUCGCGCAGGCCGCCCGUCGCCGCCGCGGCGGCCGCGGCAGACCGGCCAGCGCCGCGCCGGGCCAGCUUCGCGGGACCCGCGGCCGCCGUGGUCAGCCGCCACGCCGGCGGGCUCGGCGGUGACCUCGGCAUCGCCGCUGGGGCCCCUGGCCUUGGCGUUCCAGGAGCGGACAGCAGCCCUGUCAACGUGGAGAUCGACUACACCGGGUUCGGCGAGUCCGACGGUUCCGAGGGCUCCGGGCUGGACGACGGCUCCGGGCUGGACGACGACGACGCGCCGGCGCCGCCGAAGGCGGGCGACGAGCGCCGGCCGAGCAUCGGGCGCCUGCCCGAGCGGCGGCAGAGCAACGCGGGGAUGCCGCGGCAGGGCAGGCGCGACAGCGCGGCCAGCAUCGCCAGCAUCGUCACGUUCGACGGCGAUUUCCUGUACACCCGCGCGGUCGACGAGACCGCAGGGUACGCGAAGGGGUCGGCAGGCUCCGUGCCCCGGGCGGAGCCCCCCGCAGACGCCGGGGGCCUGCCGCGCGACCUCGGCGCGGGCGGCACGACCGCCGCUGCGGCGGCCUCGAGCUUGCCGCCACCGCCGCCGGCGCUGCUGCAGCAGGUUUACGCCGACCACCUGCGCGGCGCCUGCGGCCCGUCGGGCCCCGCAGGCGGCAGGCCCCACGGCUGGGCGGGAGGCGCGGCCCCGGCCGAGGCAGAGCAGCAGGGCCGGCCCCGCCACGCGGCGCGGGACAUGCCGCCCCCGCCGGGGAGGCACCUGCCGCAGCGGACGUACGGCCCCCCCCCGGGCGUGCUGGGCGUGGCUCAGCAGCGGCACGGUGUUGCUGCUGGCGCCUGGGGGCCGCCGCUGGUGCCGCACGGGCAGGGCGGCGGCCUGGACGGCGGCCCCAACUGGGGAGCGGGUCCGAGGCCGCGCUCGGGCUUCGGUCCGAUGCUGCCUGGCCAGCAGGGCGUUGGCGCCGCCGACGACCACUCGCGCCACUUCGCGGCCGGCAGACCGGGCGCCGGCGCCCCGGCCCCGGGGCACCUGGUGCCGCUGCCUUACCAGCAGAUCGCACCCGGCGUCGGCCUGGUGGCUUCCCUGCACUACCAUACCCCUGGCGUCGGGCCGCAAGGCGCGGGCCAGGCCGCCGGGCCGUGCGGAGGC